CUUUGUUGAUAGUGGUUAUUAAAGCGAGCAGUCUUUACUUUUAGACGCUUACAGAAAUGUAUCGCUUCGUUCUGCUAUUUGUACUUUUUGCAUCAGCACACAGCCAGACGGAUAUUUUGGGACAAAUACACAUAUGCAAACGUUCCGAUCCGAAAUUGAACGACUGCCUAAAAUCGUCCAUCAAAGGCGCGCUGAAGAUUUUGGCCAGCGGCGUUCCCAAUUUGAAGAUACCCUCGAUCGAACCCAUCCAAAUCGACAAAUGGACGAUUCAUGCGAGCGACGCCUUGCCGUACGAGCAAAACUACGAAAACCUCAAUUUGACCGGUUACUCGAACAUUGAGAUUGAAGACGUUUACACGAAUAUUGGCGACGAGUACUUCAGUAUUCACCUGAUGUGUUCCGCUCCGAAACUGCUGGUGCAAGGUGACUAUACGUACUACCUGGUUAAGCAAACGAAAGAAGACCUUAGCAGUCAGGGCACAAUGGAGUACAAAUACGAUCAGCACAAAUUCUUCGUAAAGUUGGACGGUGAUUUCAUCGAAAGAGACGACGUCGAGUACGCCGAAAUUACUCAGACCGACUUCAGCAUGGUGAGAUUGCAUUCGUUUGAAAUGACGUUUAUGACGGAGGACCAACAAAUCGGGGAUAAAUUGGGAGAGUUGGUGAAUGGUGGUUCUCGAAAGUUGGCGAGCGUCAACAUCGGAGAGUACGAGAACAUGUACGCGUCGGCUUUUCAUCGCAUUGCCAAGGCCGUAUUUGCUGCGUACCCGUGCAACAAGCUAUGGCCUAAGUAGAAAGAAAUGUUAAAGCGUAGUUUAGCAACGCAUUUGCAUUUAGUUCAAUGCGUGUUGCUAAUAGAAAGCACUGUGAAGUAAUAAACAUUUAAAUAUUAGGA